AAUUUAAUACUGCUAUGCUAUAAGCCAUUUGGACCGACAAAAAAGCUUUCAGCUAAGCUCCUCUAAAUUCCAAGCUAGCACCACCAUUGCUUUUCUUUAUCUCUCACCUAGCUAUUGACCAACAAGACCAUACCCCAUAAGAAAAGCAAAUUGAACCGUUGUGCACUUUCCUAUUGUACAUUACAUUACACUAUUAAUAUGUAGAAAGAAACUACUACUACUUCUACUACUUGCACUUUCUUAGCUACUUUCUUUGUUUCUUGCUCUCUUUCUACUCAUUUUUUUUCUUUGUUCUAGUCCUUAUAAUGUAACUGCGCAAAAAAAAAGUGAACAUUUUCUUGAAUCUUUAUUGUAAAAAACACAUUGAAAAGUAUUGAUAUUUACUUACUUUGAGCUCCAAUGGCUUCUUUUUCUUGUUCUAUUUGGUGUUCCCAAAUGACCCUUAUCUGCAUUUUCUUGUUUAUGAGGUUAAGUUCUGCCGGAGAUCCAUUUAAGUUUUUGAACUUUGAGGUCUCUUACAUUGAUGCUUCACCACUUGGUGUCUCCCAACAGGUUAUUGCUAUCAAUGGAAAGUUUCCUGGACCAACUCUGAAUGUAACAACUAAUGACAAUGUUGUUGUUAAUGUGAGGAACAAGUUAGAUGAAGAACUACUCUUACAUUGGUCUGGGGUUCAGCAGAAAAAGACUUCUUGGCAAGAUGGUUUACCAGGAACAAACUGUCCUAUUCCUCCAAAGUGGAACUGGACUUACCAAUUUCAGGUCAAGGACCAAAUUGGAAGUUUCUUUUAUUUCCCUUCACUCAAUUUUCAGAGGGCAUCAGGUGGUUUUGGUGGAAUUACAAUUAACAACAGGGAUGAGAUUCCAAUCCCUUUUAAUUUUCCAGAUGGUGAUAUUACUAUUAUGAUUGGUGAUUGGUACACCAGAAAUCACACGUCUUUGAGGAGCACACUUCUUGCUGGGAAAGAUCUGGGAAAACCAGAUGGUGUUUUAAUUAAUGGGAAAGGUCCUUAUAGAUACAAUGACACGAUUGUGCCUGAUGGCAUCGACUAUGAAACGAUUACUGUCCAUCCAGGCAAAACCUAUCGAAUUCGUGUAAGCAAUGUAGGAAUAUCAACCAGCUUAAAUUUCAGAAUUCAGAAUCAUAACUUACUUUUGGCAGAAGCAGAGGGAUCAUACACUGUGCAGCAAAAUUAUACUAGCUUAGACAUACACGUUGGACAAUCAUACUCAUUUUUGGUAACCAUGGAUCAGAAUGCAAGUUCUGAUUACUAUAUUGUGGCAAGUGCCAGAUUUGUGAAUCAAUCACAAUGGCAAAGAGUCACCGGUGUAGGUAUUUUGACAUACACAAACUCAAAAGGGAAGGCACAUGGCCCUCUACCCGCACCACCACAAGAUGAAUUCGACAAAACUUACUCUAUGAACCAGGCUAGAUCUAUCAGGUGGAAUGUAACUGCCAGUGGAGCUCGCCCAAAUCCGCAAGGUUCUUUCCGAUAUGGCUCUAUUAAUGUGACAGAGAUAUACGUGAUCCAAAAUAAGCCGCCAACAACAGUAGAUGGAAAAAGGAGAACAACACUUAACGGGGUUUCAUUUGUUAAUCCUAAAACACCAAUCAGACUUGCUGACCAGUACAAAUUGAAGGGCGUAUAUAAGCUAGAUUUUCCUACAGCACCACUAACUGGACCUCCUAAGAUGGAAACCUCUGUUAUCAAUGGUACCUUCAGGGGAUUUAUGGAAGUAAUAUUUCAGAACAAUGAUACCAAAGUGCACACAUACCAUAUGAGUGGAUAUGCAUUUUUUGUGGUCGGGAUGGAUUAUGGCGUGUGGUCAAAUAAUAGUAGGGGUACUUACAACAAAUGGGAUGGAAUAGCUCGUACCACAACACAGGUCUUCCCCGGGGCAUGGACAGCAAUCUUGGUAUCCCUUGACAACGUUGGAAUUUGGAACCUGAGGACAGAAAACCUCGACUCGUGGUAUCUAGGCCAAGAAACAUACAUCAAGGUUGUUAAUCCCGAGCCCACUAACAAGACAGAGUUGCCAAUUCCAGACAAUGCACUCUUCUGUGGCCAACUUAACAAACUACAAAAGCCACAAGAUAUAUCAUAUGCAACAUCCAUUAAAGGCAACGCGUCGAAAUUCAGUUACAUGCUGCUGCUGCUGGUAUCAACAAUAUUUGCUGUGUUCCAGUAAGGAACAUUUUGCAGCAGAUGGUUGUUUGUUUAAUUAAAAUGCGGGAGCCAGGCUUUGUGAGGUGUCUCUUAUUUAAUUUGUAAGAAUUAAGAUGUAGGUGUCUUAGUUGUAGUUUAUUUAUGUUGAUAAUCAAGAAGGCCGUUAUUAUUAUUAUUAAUUGUUUUUUUGACUUGUAAUUUUCAUUAUUAUUAUUUUCCGGAUGUAUCAAAAUGCUCCCCCGGAUGGAUGGUUGUUUAAUUUAUUGGGAUUUCACACGUUCUUUUUAAUUGCUUAUAAUCUAUGUAAGGCUACUAUUCAUUUAUAUUAUUACCUUGUUUCGAUUUAUUUGUUUA